AUGGAGCAGGCGUCUGAAGGUGCGGCUGCUACGGCCAGUACGGAACCUGCAACUCCGCCUCGCGAAGAACCCCGUUCCUCCCAGUCUCAACAAGGCCAUGUUGAUAACAGCCCUCCAAAGACAAUACGCCGGAUCAAAUCGUCGCCAUCCAUUCGUCGGCAGAUAAGAGAACAAGCGCCAUCCCCCGACAGCGAUCUUGGUAAUGACGGCAUAUACAACGCAGAACGUGUCUCCCCAACGCUAGGAACGAAUAGUGAUGAUGAUGGCUCUGUCGAAGACCUAAGCUCUCUUCUUGCUACACUUCCAGAUACUCCCAAACGGCGGGCACUUCGCAGUUCCGAAAGCGGCGACGGUGCAACCUCACACAGUCGAUGGCCGGCACCGCAGCUAGUGCCCAUCGUUGAGGUAUCCAGCGUCGGCUCUGCUAGGACGUCUCAGUCGCUGGCACGGCUGAGCGCAGGUCCUGAAAGAAGUUCAAAGCUCAUCCAUUCAGACCAGUCAUACCACUCGAUUCAUCCAGUGCAGAUGUCUCAGACCAGCCAAGCACCCUGUGUUCCGCGGCCCGAUUCGCCUACCAUACAGACUUACUCGCAGUACACAUACCCUCAAACUGAAGAAAAUUUGAUGUCAGGAAUGCAUGAAUCUGAAAGACCAAAAGACUACUCGUCAUCCUCAGAGUCUGUUAUUGCCCCCGCGUUGGACGGACCAGCAUACCCAAAUAUGCCCAAGCAGUCCCCGCCAGAACCGGUUCACACUCCUCCAGGCUUGGCUUCAUUUGGCUCUCGUGAAGCAACGCAGUACAGACUUGAACAAGGGCCCUUCCUCAGACGCGUGUUUCGACGUAUACGGCCUCGCCCCGACCAUGAUCUGGACGAUGCUGGACAUGACGAUGACCCCGUGAUCACGACCAUUCCUUCAGUCGCCCCCAUUCCGUUGAGUCUGAGGCAGUCCAACGAAUCAGCCACGGCCUGGGCUGAAGCCUUGAGUGACACUAUGGAAUCCGUAGGCAUGGCCCGAAUGAUUGAGCCGCUAAUUGACGCUGCAACCCAACAGGCCGCGCCGCUGCCUUCUGGACUUUUCACGUCCAACGUACCUGGCUCACUAGCGUUAGCUGACGAUGGUACCUAUGUCAGAGGCCAAUUCGGUGCUCGAACGAGUGGUCAUGGCGUUGGGUCUAGGUACUUGGGAUCCCACCCCUUGAACAGGCUCAACGAAAUUCAAGAGGUAGUCAGUGAAAUUAAUAAGGCAUGUGAGCGAGCGGAUGACUUCGCCAACAUUGCAGCCGAUGUGGCGCACCAAGUCACGAUCGAGGAGACCUCACGUAUAUACGGUCCACUUCCUACUUCACCAGCUUCACCUAUGGCCCGACGAGUUCCCAUGUCAUCAGCACCUCCCGCUCGUGCACUCAACCCCGCGACUGAAACCGAAUUGCGCGCCGCGAUCGAACGUUCCCUGCCUCAUCUGAGGUAUACUCGGAGCCAAAUGGUGCAUUACAAUCCAGACCAGGUUACCAUGCGAACUCCCGCGACUCGGUACCCAACCGAUAGCUCGCAUUCUGGUACUCAAUCACGACGAGCCUUGGAAAUUUUCCGACCCGUUCAGGAGAGUCCGACGCAUGAAGAAGCCGACAAUGCAAGAGGAGAAAUGGCAGGGCAAGUACGACGAUGGUACACAUCUGCAUCCACAAAGGUUGUCAAGGCAUGCCGUUCUUUGUCCUGCACUUCUGCUUGACCCUAGCCUAGCCGACAAGAACAGGUGCUUGAGCGAUGCUGUUACCCCGGUGGAUCGCACCGCAUCACACAAGCAAUGAGAGAAACAAAUACGGCCGAUAUUGGUCAAAGGAGAUUCUAGACUGCAUGGAGUAUCAGAAAUCAAAUCGGCGGAGGUGGGGGAGUCAACGG